GCGCACCGUAGAAUACUGAUGUCAGCUCACGUGCUCAUCUGGACUAGAUGGUCAAAUAUUGAUGGCCAAUUAGCUUGCAAGCUAGCUAGCACAACAGAAAUGGGCAGUAAAGACGUACCUUUAACAAACAACAGUACACCCUGUGUAUUCUUCAAUACAGACUCUGAAGACUAUCGAUGUGUGGUGAUCCUUGCAGUAAAACGAGCUACGGGCACCUUCUCUCUGAUAGGAUGCUUCUUCAUGUUAUUUGUCAUCUGGCUGCUACGGCGUUAUCACUCUUUGGCCCAGAAAAUGAUUCUCAGUCUGACAAUAGCGGCCUUCUUUGACAGCAUAGCAUAUGUCAUGAGUGAGUCCCACCCUGAAGGCAGUUUAUGCAACUUCCAGGCUUGGUGGCUCACUUACUUUGACUGGAGUGCCUUGGCCUGGGUCUGCCUCAUCACCUUUAACCUCUACCUCAACCUGGUCAGGGAGAUGAGCACCAACAGAUUUGAGAUACUGUACCACGCAAUGGCAUGGGGGGUGCCACUGGUCAUGGCCACCCUGCCCCUCCUCAGGGGGUACUAUGGUCCUGCUGGAGCCUGGUGCUGGAUCACAGACAGUCACGUCGCGUGGAGAUUUGGAAUAUGGUACGUGCCACUCUUCACCCUCAUCCUUCUCAUGAUCUGCUGCUACACCAGGAUCAUCUACGUGGCCAAUGAGAGGAUGCAGUCCUGGUUUGGAACGUUCAACCCAGAAAGGGAGAGGAGAAAGGUGUCCUUGGCUAAGGAGACAAAGCAUUUGAAGUGGUACCCUUCCGUGUAUCUUCUGGUAUCUCUGUUCCCCCUCAUCAACAGGCUCCACAAUGCGGUGUAUCCCCAGGAGCCGCUCUUCCCUCUCACUCUGCUUCACGUACUCUUUGCCCCCCUCCACGGCCUGGCCAAUGCCUUUGUCUUCGGUCUGGACAGAGACACCUGGAGCCUGCUCACCCCCACAGGAAUUCAGCUGGCGCUCCAGUCUCGUCUGUGUGACAGGACGAGUAUUGGGGAGUACCACCCGGGGAUGGUCCGGUACACCCAGACAGAGCUGGAAGACUUCAGCGAAGACGGCGAUGAUGAAGACGCCAACGUGCUCUUCUUUUCUCCCGAUAUGACUCUUAAAGACAGAGGACCCUGAGCACCGAGGGAGGGGAGGAAAGAGAGGAAAUGGGGUCAAGAGAGAGAGAGGGGUGUGGGGGAGCAGACCAAGUGUAAAAAAUAGAGAUCCAGGGCGUGUGUUAAACAGAAGCAUGGGUUUCGGGCCAAGACAAGCAGGACAUGAGCUGCCAGCUUUUAUUAUGGUUCUAUUUAUCUGAUAUUGUAAAGCUACACAUUGGCACGCCCCUACACCCAACCCUCCCCCAAAAACUGCAGCUACCUGAAAUACUGCUUUCCUGCUUGGCAGUCUAUCUCUCAGUGUUAAAGAGGAAGGUCAAGAAAGCAGUGGUUGAUAAUGUAAAGAUAUUUCAAAAGCUUCCCACAUGUACCGGCUGCAUCUCAAAACUUUCAAGAAGCCGGCUCUCUCCUUUUCCCCCUUCCUUCCCUUCCCUGCUGAAUUGUGCUCUGAAAAAACAUUGGGAUGUAAAAUGGGGGUUAACUGAACCGUAGCUCUGAAAAUGCAGCCCAGUAUAUGACUGAGUGUGAAGCAUCACUGCCUAGAAGAGACAUCCUGAACUGAUGUUCUGUACACAGCAUGUGUGCUGAGUAAGGAAAGCAAGGGGAGACAGUUUACACCGACCCCUUUGAGUUGAGGAGGAAAGAGUGGAGGAGGGGGAAGAGAGGAGGAGUGGAGGUGGCAAGGCAACUUCAGACAUGUGUCUCUGUCAAGAAGCCAACCAGGUAUCUGAGCAGAGGUGUAGCCAGUAGUGGUUGAGGGUUUUAAAGAGGGGAAAUUAGAGUAGGAAGAUGGAGGAAACCAGAAGACUGAGAGCUACUAGUGAGAAAGUUCCAGGAUUGCUUUGGAUCUUUGAAGUCUGGACUUUUGUCCCGUUAUAAAGUAUAACUGUUUUUGCUACAACUUUUCUAACUUUCUCUAUUGUUUUCAUACCAUUUUUUAUACAGGUAUUGCUUCCAUUUCACAGAAUUGUGUUUGUUUGUUUGACUAUUUAUGACAUGAAUAUUGUAUAUAUAUUUGUGUGUAUAUCCUAUAUUUAUUUUGUAUGCUGACUUUGUGACUGGAAUGAUCAUUUUUAGAACCCUAUGGGUAUAGUUCCUGCUGUUUGGAACACACAUACAUAUUGUAUUAACACUUUGGAUUAAAGUACCUGCAAAAGGAAGACAUUACACAAACCAA